UUCAGUCUCUGUGAAAUUGAAGUAUUGUGUCUUUCUUAUGCAUGUGUCAUCUUCCAUAUUGCUGCUGGUGAUGAUGUACUCUCAGGGAAUAAGAUUCUGAUAAUAUUCUUCCAAGAUGAGCCAGAACACAGAAUCUGACUAGGUCUUCUUCAGUGUCUGAAAUCAAUCUAAUGGAAGCGAAAAUAUACGGGAAGACUACAAUCCUUUACAAGCUAAAGCUCGGUGAAGUUGUCACAACAGUGCCUACUAUUGGGUUCAACCUCGAGACGGUAGAAUACAAAGGCAUCAAUUUCACUGUAUGGGAUAUAGGGGGACAAGAGAAGAUUCGCAAACUGUGGAGACACUAUUUUCAGAACUCGCAAGGGCUCAUCUUCGUGGUGGACAGCAGUGACACUGCAAGGUUAUCAGAAGCUCGUAAUGAGUUGCAUCGAAUACUAACCAAUAAUGAACUACAAGAUGCAUGCGUACUCGUCUUUGCGAACAAGCAAGAUUCAAGAAAUGCUCUACCGGUAGACCAAGUUGCCAACAACCUUGGUCUGCACGGCCUAACCAAACGCUGUUGGUUUAUACAGGGAACAUCAGCCAUCACUGGGCAAGGCUUAUACGAGGGACUUGAAUGGCUCUCAAAAACUGUCCCUAACAAACCUGUACGAUCUGGUUCGCUUGGUAGUUUCCGGAGUGAUUCCUCCGAGAGAAGGCUUGUACGAGGUGUGAAGUAUUGAUAGACUAUGUUGUCUUCUAUGUUCUAUGUAUUUGUAUGGCUAUGGCCUUUUUUUCAUGUGUCUCAAUGAGAGUGAAUAAGAUUUAGGGUAGAACUCAUUACUUACAUCCUUGAUGAAUUUUUCCUCAGUUAUUUGGACAUUUGUAUGUUGUUUCUAUGCAUUAGCAUAUUUAUACAUUCAGUUAUAAACUGUAAAGUGUAAGAUCUUCAAUUAAGCAUAAAAACAUGAUUUUUUUUUU